AUGGCUCUGAAGAAAAAAUCUGUGUCGAAAUUUUGGGCAUACUCGGACGCUUCAGCAUUCGAGGGUGCUGGCCAGGAAAAGCUCCUCUCGGAGGGUGCGACUGAGAGAUGUGGGAUUUCUGGCGAGAGAUGGCUUGAUGUUAGCUGGGGAAUUGGCGACAGUAGUGACAAUCGGAACAUCGGCAGAUGCAGAUGCAGCGGAAUCCAGUUCUUUAACAGUGGCGGUGGCAACUAUUUGAUCAUUGGCAGCAGCAUUUGGAACACUUUAGGUAGUGGUGGUGGUAACCGGAAAUUUGCCAACAACAACGGGGGCAACAGUGUUAUUGGCGGCCGUAGUAUCAACAGUGAAAGAAACAACACAAAAGUCCAGGGUCUCUUUGGUGUUAUUUUCGCUGCUACAAAUACCUCCAAGAUUUUCUGCAAACUUAAGACCAGCGGCAAGCGCCACCGUGGCUCUGAAGCUAAGGGUUAUUACCAGUGA